AAAUUUGUUGAAGUCUCAACUAUUGGACAUACUAAGCAAGGAACUCCUUUAAAAGUAAUUCACAUAAAACCAGAUAAUAAUCAAACAAACAAUGAUAUUAUUUGGAUUGAUGGAGGUAUACUUGUCUUUACACUAUUUAAACAAAUAUUUAUAAAUCUAACAUAUUUGAAUAGGAACUCAUGCGCGGGAAUGGAUAACUAUUUCUUCAAUGAUAUAUAUAUCAAAUGAAUUGAUACAUAAUAGAAAGACUUUACCAAUAUAUAUGAGAAAUAUUCAUUUUGUCUUAAUGCCAAUUGUAAAUCCAGAUGGGUAUACAUAUUCAUAUGAAAACGAUAGGCUAUGGAGGAAAAAUCGUGUUGAAACAUCUGACAAUUGUAUAGGAAUAGAUUUGAACCGUAACUGGAAUUAUGAUUGGUACCAUGAAAACUCUGGUAAAAACUAUUGCUCAGCAUGUUACCAAGGACCAACUCCAAACUCAGAGUUAGAAAUAAAAGCAAUCAUUCAGUUUAUCUUAAAUAAUUUAACUAAAAUAAAGGGGUUUAUAACAUUACACUCAUAUGGGCAAGCUAUUGUAUUUCCUUGGGCAUACACUAAAGAUCAUAUAAAAGAAGACUAUGAUAAACUUCAGAACAUAGCUACAUCCAUGUCAUUAAAAAUAUUCAAAAAAACUUCAAACAUCUAUACUGUUGGUCCAGCAAGUACAGUGUUAUAUAGAGCAUCAGGAACGUCAAUAGAUUGGAUGAAAGGUAUAGCAAAUAUUAGAUAUGUAUUUGCAUUGGAAUUAAGAGAUACUGGUGCCAAUGGUUUUAUAUUGCCUACUAGUGAAAUAAUACCAACAGGUCAAGAAGCAUUCUGUGCUGUUUCUGUACUAGCUAAAAUUGUAGAAUCUGAUAACCAAUCAAAAGGAACAUUUAAUAGGUCCAUGCAUUCUUUGUUUUGUAUUAUGUUAAUAAUAUUUUAUUUCAAUUAAAUAUUUUAUUAGUAAUCUACAAAAAAAAAAAAAAAUUGAGAUUAAUACAAAAAAAUAAUAAAUAAAUUAUCAGCAUUUAAUCUGUGAGAAACAUUACUGGCGUACACUGAUACUAAAAUCUGAUUUGGAAACAUUUAAUAAGUGGCUCAAUUGCGUCACACAGGUGUUUUUGAAAAAAUUAACCUUACCUAACAUAAGCCCCAGUGUCUUUUUUAUCAAUAUUGAGAGCAGUGGCAUAUACAAAGGGGUGAUAUGGAGGUCAGAUCUCCCCACCCCUAUUGGCUUUGGAGUGGAUAAUUUCAUAUUGUGUUUGAUGCAGAGUUGGCACAAAUAAACCUUGCACGAAAAAAACCCAGGCUACUUUUCUGGGUGAAAUAGAACUUAACUACUUUUUUUUUCACUUGUGUUAAUUUUCACAAAAAUGUACCGACUAGGUAUUAUUUAUUUUUCCAAUUAAACUUUGAUUAGAA